UGGAUCACUCGUUUCGGGCGAUAAACCCCUGCUUUUCUGAACCUCAAAAUCGGUUUCUGUUUCCGUAUAAUCCACCCCUAGACAUUCCUCCAACUGGCCUCCCUCCGAAUUUUUCUGUGUUGAUUCGAAUGGAAGAGGAAAGCUCACUCUCUUUUCUUCAGUUUAUUGAUAAUGAACGAUUGGUUCCAUCUUCGGAAGAGGAAGAGAAGAGGAGAGCUGUCAUUGAGAAGCUUAAGAAGAUAGUGUUGAAAUGGGUAAAGAAGGUUGCUUGGCAACACCGACUUCCAAAACAACAAAUUGCAGCCACUAGUGCAACAAUAUUAACAUAUGGAUCUUAUGGCCUCGGAGUUCAUGGUUCUGAAUCAGAUAUCGAUGCAUUAUGUGUUGGCCCGUUCUUUGCCACUAUGGCAGAAGAUUUUUUUAUUGUUCUGCGCAACAUGCUUAAAAGCAGACCAGAAAUAUCGGAGAUUCACUGUGUGAAAGAUGCCAAAGUUCCUUUGAUGCGGUUUAAAUUUGAUGGUAUCUCAGUUGAUCUCCCAUAUGCCCAGCUUAAAGUAUUAUCUGUUCCACAUAAUGUUGAUGUCCUCAAUCCAUUUUUCUUGAGGAACAUUGAUGAAACAAGUUGGAAAAGCUUGUCCGGAGUACGUGCAAACAAACACAUCCUUCAGCUGGUUCCGGAUUUGGAGAAAUUCCAGUCUAUGCUUCGAUGUGUGAAACUAUGGGCAAAAAGACGAGGAGUGUAUGGCAAUCUAAAUGGAUUUCUUGGAGGAGUACAUUUGGCGAUUCUUGCAGCUUUUGUAUGUCAAAGUGAUCCAAGUGCCUGUUUGAGUGCUCUGAUAGCAAACUUCUUUAGCACAUUUGCAUUUUGGCGAUGGCCAACUCCGGUCAUGCUGCAAGAUGGAAUGCUGCCAGUUUGUAUCUUCCCCCCUGAAACAAGGUCAUUAAUGCCUAUUCGGUUGCCAUGUUGCCCAUACGAAUUCUGCCAUUCCAAUAUUACUAGAAGCACAUUCUACAAAAUCAGAGCAGAAUUUCUUCGAGGUCAAGAUUUGGUUAAGGAUCGUUUGACCCCCGACUUCAACUGGCAGAACAUCUUCACUCCCUUUCCAUACUCAAAAGUGUACGCACGUUUUCUCAAAAUUUACCUUUCCGCUUCCAGUCAAGACGAGCUGGGAGACUGGGUGGGUUGGGUGAAGUCACGCUUUCGCUGUCUUCUGGUGAAGCUGGAGGAAGCACACGGUCUCUGUGAUCCUAACCCUACAGAAUACAUUGACAUGGAUGUAAAAGAGCCAAACGUUGUCUUCUACUGGGGCUUGCAGAAUACAGAUGACAACAAGGCUUGUUUCACAGACAUAGAGUCUGUUGAGGUGGACUUCAUGAAGAACAUCAACACUGGGUACGUAGGUUCUUUUGGGGGGCUGGAAUUGUCAAUCGUCCAAGCUUCCCAACUUCCCAAGCAUGCUGCUGGCUUCGACACUGCGAGUAGGAAAGGAACAAGAGCUUGUUGGAAGAUUAUCGACUACAAUCGACAAAGAAUGCCAAUCUACUCGCAGCAUCUUCGUCAAUAUGUUAUUGGGUAUGUGGCAACUAAUGGAAAACAGUACUGA